AUGACGGAUGACUUGGGCUCAUCCGGAAUGGAUGGUGCCCCUGGUCCUGAAACGCGCCCGCGUCGCAGGGCGGUCGCAGUGAGGGGAGGAGCUUCUGCCCGUACCCCUAUUGUGGCGAGGUACUCGCGCCGUGAGGAUUCGGCCUCGCCAAGCUCUCGCAACUCAUCUGUCUCAAGGAGUACGACCCCGAUUCCUAGGGGGAACUAUGGGUUAGGGAGCGCGACGGCUGAGCUUAGGGCGGCAGAGGAGGAGACGAGGGAGAGCGGAUUGAGUCGGUUCCUCCGGGACCGCGUGGUGGGGCGGGCGGCCCAUACUACGGUCUUAGACCCAGAGGAGGAGAUGGCGAGUGAGGAGUCUUGCCGAGAGGACCCCACCAAGCUCGGCACACAGGAGCUGCGGGCUUGGGCGGGAAGGAGCACGGCGUCCAUCAUACAGUUGGCUACCAAGUCCAGCCAUCUGAAAGGGACGUACGUGAAGAAGUUCAAGGAGGCGGCCUCGGAACUCCAGGCCAUAGUGGAAGCCCUCACCAAGCGGAACGAGGCCGAGGAAACCCGCCGUCUGCAGGCGGAUAACAACCGCCUCCGCUCUGAAUUGGAGAUAAUCAGGGCGGAGCAGAAGGCGUAUCGGCGGGACUUCACUGAAAUGAAGACCGCGAUGGCCAAGGAGGCAGCGAGGGAGGCCUCGAAGAUGGCAGCUGAGGGAGCUUCGGCGAAGAAAGCGGCAACGGGUGCGCCACCUGCUUCGGCCCUGCAGGCGGAUGUCCUGGAGGAGUUAAAAGCCUCCAUAGUGGCCGCAGUUGGGAGGAUGUUGGACGCCCGUUUUGCAGGGAUUGAGGAGCGCCUUCUUCCUGAAAGGGUCGUCCGCCCACCGCUGUCCUCAGACAGAAGGGGCCCGGCUCCUCCCCGUACGGCUGGAGCUCCACAGGCAGGUCGGGGCCUCUCGGGCGGCCUCGGAGCGAGCCCGGCCUCAGCGUCGCCUAAGGCACCCCCGGCGACGGCGGGCCCCAGCCGAGCAGCGCCGCAGGAAGAAACCUGGUCGGAGGUGGUGACCCGAAAAAACAGGGCCAAAAAGACUCCCACCAGCAAUCUCCCGACGGCAACACCGAAGAACCCUUCCGCGGCGGCCGCUAAGCCCAAGCCAAAGCCCAACCUGGCCCCGCCCAAGACUGCAGCCGUAGUAAUUACCCUGGCUCCAGAGGCGGCCAGGAAAGGCGUGACUUACGCUCAGGUCUUGGAGCAGGCGGAGAGAAGGGUAAAUCUGGAGGAGCUUGGCAUUGGCGCGGGGAUGCGGAUUCGCCGCUCUGCCACCGGGGGCAGGCUACUGGAGUUGCCUAAAGAACAAACUCAGGACCAGGCUGAGGUGCUCGCGGAACGUCUCCGAAUAGCAUUGGAGGGAGUGGCGGAGGUCGUCCGCCCUACGAAAACGGUGACACUCCGUGUUACCGGGUUGGACGAUUCUGCCACGGCCGUUAAGGUUGCGGAGGCGGUGGCUCGGGCAGGGGGCUGCUCGCUCACCACGGUUAAGGCAACUCAGGUGCAGACGGGCUCCUUGGGAACUGGCUGGUCCACUGUCUACUGCCCAGUGGACGCGGCCAAAAAGGUCUGCGAUGCCGGACGCCUGCUGGUGGGCUGGAGCUCAGCAGGAGUCCAGGCGCUGGAGCACCGCCCUCUCCGCUGCUCAGGUGCAUGGGUAUGGGACACACGGCGUCUUUGUGCCCCUCCAAAACCGACCGGAGCAAGAUGUGCUACCGGUGUGGAGAGGAGGGCCACAGGCACGUAG